AUGGAAAAUUAUAAAAUGUUGGAACGGAUCGGGGAAGGUACACACGGACAAGUGGUUCAAGCCAUGGAACGGUCUACCGGUAAAAUAGUCGCCAUUAAGUGCGUACGUUCAUCGGACAAGGCUUCAAAGAACUUGCUGCGUGAAAUCGAAUCACUGAAAGCGCUGGAUUCCAAUUACGUCGUAAAGUUUUUGGAUCAUUUCUGUCACAGUUUUAGUUUCUACUUGGUACUUGAAUUCAUGGCAUCUGGCUUACCAGAGAUGUUGUGCGAUGACGACAUAUGGCUCGACGAUUCUCAUCUGAAGACAUACGCUCAUAUGCUCUUCGCCGGUGUCGCUCAUAUGCAUGCCACCAAAAUCAUACACAGGGAUCUGAAGCCGGCGAAUUUGCUGAUAAGUUCCGAGGGCGUAUUGAAAAUAGCGGAUUUCAGCUUGAGCCGUCUGCUCCUGUCCACCUCGACUGCCGAUGAUGAUGUUGAUGAUCAACGUAGUAGCCAAUGUUACACAGGCCAAGUAGCGACGCGCCGAUACCGGGCUCCCGAACUCUUGUUUGGCUCUGUUCACUACGACCAAUCAAUAGAUAUGUGGUCUGUUGGUUGUAUUUUAGCAGAGAUGCAAAUGAAAACUCCUUUAUUCGCGGGAGAUUCUGACAUGGAACAGAUUGCCAUCGUUGUACAUAAUUUAGGGACUCCGACUGAUGAAACUUGGCCAAAUAGGAAUGAAAUGCCAGAUUACAAUAAACUCAAGUUCACACGCUGUAAUCCAGUACCAACAAAUGAAUUGUUGCCUGAUUUUGAUGAAUUGUUAGUCGAUCUACUAGGAAAAUUAAUUUUAUACAAUGCCGAUAAAAGAUUGAAUGCUCAAGAGGCAUUACUACAUCCAUAUUUUUUUAAUGAACCAUUGCCAUGCUUAGAACAUCUAAUGCCAAAACCACCAAAGGAUCAUAGACAAAAACUUAUGCCUAAACCAACUAAAGUAAUUGAAAGUUUGGAAAAAAAUUUUAGUUGUUUAUACCAAAUACUUGAUGAGAUUUGAAGUAUUCACUUUACUUACAUUGAAUUCGGGUACUUUAUAUAAAAUGACUUUU